CGUGACCCCGUCAAAGCGUCGUGUGCGUUGCCGCAAGCGGCCCUAUGGAGCCACUGCGGGACGCCAAUGCGUCGGCAGUCGGCUCUUUCAUCAACAUGCUUUGGUCAGGAUGGCACAAGACAGGCAGCGCGCAAUUGGAGAAUAAGAUCGUCAAUGAGACAGUCAGCGAGGCCAUCGUCCAGCUCAACUCGACCGUCAAGACUGUGCUGCCCGAGACGACUUCGACGCGCAGAGAGGCGAUGAGACGGCUGAGCUACAUCGUCAACACGUUGCCUGACUCGGAUCAGCCUCAGCCUUUGACAUUCCUCAAAUCGGCCUAUUUCCCCGUCGUGAUGCUCAUGGCGAUCAUUAUCUCUCAGAUCCGGCAUAUCGUGCCCUCAUCACAUAGACGGAGAUUACAUCAAUUGAACACGAGACGGUACAAGUUCAUCACCAACGGGUUGCGCGCCCUAUCGUUGCUUGGCCUAGCUUGGGCUAUGCGCGGCAUUGUUUUGCUUUGGACGCAGCACGAUGCGGAACAGACUACUCGGCUGGCUCGUGCGAUGAGAAUGAUCUGCGGGUUGCCCAAGCAGCCUAUAAGAGAGAGCUCGGCCCUUUGGCGCGUCUUCAUCGCCACCAAUGGCUCAGCUUUAGUGGAGAACUUUGUCAGAUCGCUGGAGAACGACGACUAUAGAGGAUCGUUCAACCUCUUGUCCUUUUCUUACCUACUCUUCUUUCAUGGCUACACAUCGGGCGAUGAUCCAGAUCAGAGACCGACCGUGCCGCCCACACCGCCAGUCUUUCUACUCAUUCUGCUCACGCUAGGCGAAUUCGCGUGUCUGACCCUGAUGAAGAUGGCUCGUAAACGAUGGAGACUCUACAUCACGGCUCUCUUCUCCCUCGCAGGGCAAGCGACAUUGCUGUCCCUUGUCAUCAAGCUCGUCUACUUUGGUCACCCGGAUCACUAUCGCUCUGCGACUGCCCUGCUCUCAGCGGGUCAAUACGUCAAUCGAUUUAGCGAGACCAUUUUUCUUUUGAUCGGCAUCAUCACUGUAGCCAUACAUCUCGCCACACACUUUGUACUCGAAGACAGGAUACCCUGGCGCCAGGUUCUCCACCACCAAACUAUAGACCCCAAUGAUGAUUUUUACAUCACCAUUCUUCGAUUCGGAAUACACAGUCUCGAGACGACUGCGAUACUCGGCUGGCAGAACGAAGUCUCCUCGCUCAACUUGAGACCAUAUGCUUACGUCGAGCUCUCGAACGACAUUGAUUCCGUAGGCUUCGACCGAGUCACGGGGCAAGUCGCGAUGACUUAUGCUGAUCCUGCCGACCCACUUCAUGCCGCUCGCUGGCCAGAAGAUCUCAUGAGGGACAACAUAGGCUUUUUACCUCCCAUCGAUGUGCCCAGGGGUUCAGGCUUGGCCAACGAAGUCAAGAGGGUACAGGCGAGCAAGCGUCGGAGUGAAUGGGAUCAUGAGGAUGCCCCUAUGCACGUCAGCAUCCGAUACUGCUGCGCCCUUGUUUUGUCAUGUACAGCAACGUUGAGGAUCAUCAAUCGGAAGAUUGGCCGUCUGUUAAGGCUUGGCAACCUUGCAGGACGUGCAGACCGACUCGGCGUAAUCCUCAGACGAGCCGGUGUGAUCCCGAUCGGACCAGAGUUUCAAGCGCUGGCCGGAGCGCCACGUGGCCCGAAUGAAGACAGCAACGACUCUGAUGACGAAGACUUUGUGCCCAGCGACGGGUCCUCAGACCUGACCGAUGACGGCGAGCCAGACAGCGAGCCCGAAGACCACGAUCGAGCAAUCGGCCCACUCGCUCUGUAUAACGAUCUCCUGGCAGAGUCCUCAGGAGAUGCAGCCGAGCUUGCACCGGUCAUUGUGGCACACAUGACUGCAGCAAGCCAAACGCCGCUUACCCGAAGACGUUACGCUCGUCUGAGCCAUCGUCCAGACACAUCUGUCACUGCAAGCGAUGCUGCGCUCAGCACCGCUAUUGCUGCUCGUCGUACAAACAUGGCGACAUCGAUGCGACCCGGUCGCACUGAUCCAGAAGACUUUGACGAGCUAAGACAGAAACUCUGUGUGAUCUGCGUGACGGAAGCGCGAAGUAUCGUCUGCUGGCCAUGCCGAUGCUUUGCGCUCUGUGACGACUGUCGAGAGAACAUGGCUGGUCGGUACAAAGCUUCCGAACAUCUCUGUCCGUGCUGUCGAACAAGAGUCGAUGGCUAUUCUCGCAUCUAUAUGCCUUAGUGGCACAAGCAACAGCAAUGUAAAUGUACAGUCGUGUUGUGAUUCUAUUGAGCAGCUAUGACCGUAACGAGUGAC